AUGAUGCGUCUGCGUACCAGCCGUAAGGCCUGGGCCUUACCCAAACAAGAAAGCAGUAUAGCUCCACCACAUGUGUGGAGUAAUGCCGAUCAAGACCCAGUACCCCCAGAGAAGUGGACUUGGACUGGUUGGACUUUCACGCAAUACUGGCUUUCGGAUCUAGUCACUGUCUCAACAUGGUCCGCAGCUAGUUCAGCAUAUGCAUCUGGUCUAUCGGCCACAGACACAGUGACUUUGACAUUGGUCGCCGCUCUGUGUAAUGCCAUCCCAACAGUCCUCAAUGGAGCUGUGGGUGCUGAUCUACACAUUGCAUUUCCUGUCGCCAUUCGUGCCAGCUAUGGCACAUAUUUCGCAUAUUUCUGUGUAGCUUCGCGUGCUAUGUUGGCCCUGUUCUGGUUCGGCAUUCAGAGCUCGUAUGGAGGGCAAUGCGUGACUGCAAUAAUUACCGCUAUAUGGCCCAGUUACACAAAUCUUCCGAAUCAUCUGCCCAAGUCAGCGGCCAUCACGACGCAAGGAAUGGUGUCAUAUGCUGUCUACCACGUCAUCCAAACACCAUUUCUCUUCAUUCCUACACAUAAGUUACAGUAUAUGUUUAUUUUCAAGUCUAUGCUCGUGCCACCAAUGGCAUUGGCUAUGGUGAUUUGGAUAUCUGUGAAGGCGGGAGGCGGUGAUGCUAUAUUCAAGCAGCCGCCUACUGUUCAUGGCUCGGAGCGAGCAUGGUUAUGGCUUAUGAAUAUGACUUCAAUCACAGGUGGCUUCUCAACUUUGGCAGUCAAUAUUUCAGAUUUUUCACGCUUUAGUAAGAAGCCUGGAAGCCCGGUUUGGCAACUACCGAUGAUCCCCCUGUUCAAAGUUAUCACCGGUCUGUUCGGUAUUAUAGCUGCUGGUGCAUCCAAAAACCUAUACGGUACCAUCUUAUGGAGCCCCUUGGAAAUCAUUGCUCAAUGGCAAGGGUCUUCGGGUGGCAGAGCCGCGGCCUUUUUCUGUGGGUCAUUAUGGUUACUCGCUCAAAUCUGCAACAAUGUCUCAGCAAACUCCGUAUCAUUUGCAAACGAUGCGGUGACCAUAUUGCCCAAAUGGAUCAACAUCAAGCGUGGAAUGAUCAUGUGUAUUCUCCUAGGCGGAUGGGCGCUAUGCCCAUGGAUCAUCAUCGAGAGUGGAACGACAUUCUUAAGCUUUAUGGGUGCAUAUGCAAUUUUCAUGGCGCCCAUUGCGGGCAUUCUUUGCUGUGAUUACUGGAUCAUCAAAAAACGCAAAUAUGACGUUCCGGCUCUUUUUGAUCCUAAAGGAAUAUAUUACUACAAGCUUGGCACUAAUUGGCGAGCUCUUCUCUGUAAUCUCCUGGUAAUUGUGCCUCUUCUCCCAGGGCUGGCACAUGCCGUGACGCCAGAUAAUGUCAGCAUUGACACGGGCCUGCAGCAUUUAUAUGCAAUCAACUAUCUUUAUGGGUUCAGUCUUUCAUUCGUUCUCUACUUUGCUUUGAAUUACUUCUGGCCUGACAGAGAAACACUGGUGCCUGCAGUUGUUCCAGGUGUUGUUUCUCAUUUCAAUGCAAUUGAUUCGGAUUUAGAGGCAGAUGUGAGCUCGGAGGGUUUGAAGCAAUUUUCCACCACUCCAAAGAUUUAA